AUGCCUGGUUCACCCCCCGAGCUAACGGGGUCCAAAUCCUCAAAAUCCUCUUCAUUUCAUUCCUCAUAUCAAUCAGACAAUGAUGAGAUUCUUUCCGACGUCAAUCAUUUUGAAGAAAUUGGACUCGAUGAUGAAUCAAGACUUGACUCGGAGAUUGGGGACUUCGCUGUCAAAAUGUCGUCGAACCCAUAUUCUUCCUCAUUUACCACCGAUCUGCGCAGUCAAGCCAAACAACAACGACAACAACGAGUUCCCAUGUCCGCCACACAAGGAAAUACUAGAAUUCCAAGAGAUUUGACAUCAAAUACAAAAGGUCGUUCAGGGUUUCCAACAUUGAGAUCACAGAUAAGAAAUGCGGCAUCGGAUGGCUUGGCGAUUGUCCCUGUGCCCACUUCAUCGGCAAGGACCAGAAGGGGAAUGAGUAAUCCCAAUGCACCCGCAUUACCGACUACGACACUUACACGACAGCGAAGUUUAAGUCCAAAUAUUAGUGCGAGCCCGAGGAGUAGUAUAUCCGGAGGUUCCGCAAAAGGGAGGAGGGGCAGUUGGGUCUCGAAUCGAGAACGAAAAACUACACUGGAGUUGGAAAGGGAAUGUGAUGAGGACGAUGGAGAUGAUGUACCGGACGAAUGUCUUUUGGAAAAUGUGCCGAUAUCACCACGACCUCCUCUAGAACGAAGGAGUGCUGCACCAUCAGCAUCGACGAGCCCCGAGAGGCCUGUGAAGGAAAAAUCGAAACCACUUGGAAAUGGAACUUCUGCUAAACCGGCAGAACAGGGAGAACUUAGAUCACCUAGAGCUAUCAUGAAGCAAGGGGCAACUACGGGACAAUUUCCAACUAAUCUUUAUAAUUCUAAUAAACCUCGGGCAAAGAGUUGGAAUGAAGCUUUGUCAGAUUUGAGCGAAGAAGCGAAGGCUUUGACAGAGGCUUUGGAGGCACAUGCAGAGGAUGAGGAGAGGAAGGAAUCCUUUUCUCAUAACUACGUACGUUCUAAGCCAAUUCGAGUGAAGUCAUCAUUCGCCGAAUUACCUCCACUACGAAGAACCGAACUUAUGAUCGAUCCGUUACCUAUAUCGAAGGAAAAGGAGGCUGUUCUUUCGAGGACUAGGCCAUCAUGGCUUCCUCCGAAGGAUCCGGCGGAGGAAAGACGACAUCUUAAAGAGUAUCAAAAGAUGAUGGCAUUGGCAGAGAAAGUGGAACGCAAGAAAGAAUCCGAAAAACAUAGUAAAUCAGCUUGUAGAGAUGAUACAGCAAGUUCACUGUUAAGGAUUUGGGAAGAACAUGUUCUGCCCAAUUGGGAUGAUGUGAUAAGACAACGAAGAACGAGGGAGCUUUGGUGGAGAGGUAUAGCACCAAGAAGUCGUGGGGCUGUAUGGACAAAAGCGAUUGGAAAUCCAUUGGGUUUAUCGGAACCAUCAUAUACAGCUGCUCUUCGAAGAGCUCAAGCAUUGGAAGCGACAAUCAAAAAUGGUUCCCAAUUGAGUGCAGAGGAAGAGAAGAAGAAAGGUUGGUUGGAACGAAUUGAAAAGGAUGUCAAAGAAACAUAUCCUGAAUUACGUAUAUUUCAACCUGAGGGACCUUUACAUGUGGCUUUGACAGAUGUUCUCAAAGCUUAUGCCAUGUAUCGAAGUGAUGUGGGCUACGUACAUGGAACAAAUACAAUCGCAGCUAUUCUUCUUCUCAACCUUCCUGAUGCUGCUUCAUCCUUCGAAGCCUUGUCAAAUAUUCUCAAUCGACCACUUCCCUUAUCCUUUCAUACUAACGACUCUGGCGCUAUUUCUCGUGUUUACAGCCUUUUUCUCACUACACUCGCUCUAAAAUUUCCUCGUCUUCAUUCUCAUCUCACGGCGGAAGAUUUAAAUCUAAAUCCAGAUGUCUAUCUCCGUGAUAUCUUCGCUUCCUUAUUCACAAGUUCAAUAUCUCUCGAUAAUGCAAGUAGAUUGUGGGACGUAGUUGUCUUUGAAGGUGAUUCAAUAUUGGUUAGGGCGGCGGUGGCACUUUUUGGAUCCUUGGAAAAUAAACUUCAUGGUGUUACUAGUGAUGAGGAAGUUUUGGCUGUACUUAAUUCGGAAGGGUUAAAAUUGGGUGAGGAGGAUUGGAUUGCGGCUGUUAGGAGUGCGGGAAAAUCUCGUGAUUAG